AUGGAGACCGAGGCCCACAGACCGCUCUGCAACAGCACAGUCCAGACCAGAGCAGAGACCGGCGCGGCAGAGACCGGCGCGGCAGAGACCGGCGCGGCAGAGACCGGCGCGGCAGAGACCGGCGCGGCAGAGACCGGCGCGGCAGAGACCGGCGCGGCAGAGACCGGCGCGGCAGAGACCGACGCGGCAGAGACCGGCGCGGCAGAGACCGACGCGGCAGAGGAGGCAGUGAUAAAGGAAAUGGGGCUGAGCCGCCUGAUCAGCCCUGCCAGAGCGGCCAAGAAGUGGGAGAACCUGAAAAAGACCUACAAGUUCGAGUAA